CCAAGGAAAAGUAGGUUAAAUUUGAUCAUAAAGCGAAGAGGAUGGUCGGAUACAGACGGACGACGGUUUUUCUUACUUUAUGAAUUUGUCCACAUGCAUAGUAUUCUUUGUGGCCUGAUAACAGUUUUAGAACAUUUUGCGAAAGCAAGUUUUGAAUUUUACUGAAGAAUAUAAUCGCUAACACCGUGAGCUUUGCCGACGUUACACGGAGAGUGACGCGGUGUAUUUCCUUUGGGGUGCUUGUUUGUGCUAAAAAAAAAAACUAAAAAAAAACCUGCAUUUGGUUUGCCGCCUGUUUUUUGUUUUGUUUUUUUCCUCCGGAUUUUGUGAUUGUGUCAAGGAAACCCUUGUACGAUGGUUCAAAAGGACAAGACUUUAGACACUCCUCCGUUAGAUGUUGAGCCGAGCCCCAGCCCAGUCUCUGGAGAGGCUUGUGUGGAGGCCCCGGGCCCAGUGGCGGACUCCAGCAUCGUAGUGGAAACGACGGGCCACAGAAAAUUCAUUAGUGGUGUAGUUGAAGGCUUUUACGGGCGUCCAUGGACUAUGGAACAGAGAAAAGAGCUGUUCAGAAGGCAACAGAAGUGGGGGCUGAACACGUAUCUUUAUGCACCCAAAGACGACUACAAGCACAGAAUGUUCUGGAGAGAACUGUAUUCAGUGGAAGAAGCAGAACAACUCAUGACUUUAGUUAGUGCCGCCAAGGAGCAUGGGAUAGAGUUUAUAUAUGCCAUUUCCCCUGGAUUAGACAUAACUUUCUCUAAUCAGAAAGAGGUUUCUGCACUUAAAAGAAAACUUGAUCAGGUUACUCAUUUUGGCUGCAAAUCCUUUGCCUUACUUUUUGACGAUAUUGACCACAACAUGUGCCCUGCUGACAAAGAAGUAUUCAGCUCUUUUGCUCAUGCUCAGGUUUCUAUAACUAAUGAAAUCUACCAGUACCUGGGAGAGCCUGAAACCUUCUUGUUUUGCCCCACAGAGUACUGUGGAACAUUCUGCUACCCAAGUGUCUCGCAAUCCCCUUACCUCCGCACAGUUGGAGAGAAACUCCUGCCUAGCAUUGAUGUGCUGUGGACAGGGCCCAAAGUGGUUUCUAAAGACAUCCCAGUGGAGUCCAUUGAAGAGGUGUCAAAGAUCCUGAGAAGAGCCCCUGUUAUUUGGGACAAUUUUCAUGCCAAUGACUACGACCAGAAGAGGCUGUUUUUAGGUCCGUACAAGGGCCGCUCCACUGAGCUCAUCCCCCGGCUGAAGGGAGUCCUCACCAACCCCAACUGCGAGUUCGAAUCCAAUUUUGUCGCCAUUCACACUUUGGCCACCUGGUACAAGUCUAACAUGAACGGGGUUCGCAAAGAUGUGGUCAUGACUGACGGCGAGGACAGCACUGUGUCCAUCCAGAUCAAGCUUGAGAACGAAGGCAGCGAUGAGGAGCUGGAGACGGACAUGCUCUACAGCCCACAGCUCGCUUUAAAGCUCGCUCUGACAGAGUGGCUUGCAGAAUUCAGUGUGCCUCUCCAAUACAACAGCCGACAGGUGCCUCAGAGUGGUGCCAAAAGCACGGCCAUUGAUGUAUCUUCCAUGACAGCUCCGUCCCUUUGCUCCUCCACGUCAGUCACUACUGUUUUCCAGCAGCCCAUCAUGUCCCCUGCAAUGCCCCCCCUCCUCCUCGAUCCCCUCCCACAUGCCCUGGUAAAAACGGCUGAAGAGGUAGAAGAGGUGGACGUGGAAAAGAAGGAUUCAGAUGAGGAGCCAAUGGAGAUGGUGGUGGAGAAGCUGGACGAGCCAGAGGCAGAAGCCGACCCGGAAGAGAAAGACGUCGCUCCCAUCUUGGCUGACAAAAUGGCCGAGGACCUCAAGCCCAUGGAUACAGACAAGGAGAGUCUGGCAGAGUCCAAGUCCCCAGAAGAGUCGAUCCAGGAGGAUUCUGGGAGCGAUAUUGCUCCUAUGCAGACGGAUGAUCAACUCAAACAGGAUCUGUAUGUGCCCGGCCCCGACGAGAAGCCUCUGUUCACACCAGAGCCUCCGACGCUGGAGGACCUGUGUCUCCUGGCUGAGCUCUUCUACCUGCCUUACGAACACGGACCUAAAGCCACACAGAUGUUAAAGGAGUUCAACUGGCUGAGAGCCAACAGCAGCGUCGUCAGCGUCAACUGCAAGAGAAAAGAAAGUGAAAAGGUGGCUGAAUGGCAGCUGCGGGCGGAGAAGUUUCAAGACAUGUGCUGCUCCGUCAUCCACAUGUUCACACGGCUGUCCAACACAGCCAACCGCACCAUCCUGUUUGACCUCUACCCCUACAUCUGGGACAUCAAGAGCAUCAUGUCUAUGGUCAAGUCUUUUGUCCUGUGGCUCGAUGGAAGAAUCCACAGUACAAGUUUCUACUGCUAUUGGAUCGACAGUGGCCGAUGGUGUCGUAGUCAGUCCUCAGCACAAUUCCCUAAAGGAGAACAAGAGUCCUGGGCCUUUAGGGGAGGUCUAGCAGGAGAGUUCCAGAGAUUGUUGCCAAUAGAUGGGGCAAACGAUCUUUUCUACCAGCCUCCACCUUCUUUGCCAACCUCCAAAAUCUAUACCAUAAGGCCCUACUAUCCCAAAGACGAGGCUGCGGUUUAUAAAAUCUGUAAGGAAAUGUACUGCGAAGGGAUGGAAGAUGAGCCAUUCGCUGAGGGGGAACCGGACCUCAUUGGGGACAGGCUAGUUGGAGGACUGCUGACGGUGAGCUCGGACUAUGGGUUCGUGCUGGAAGAUGACGAGGGGAUCUGCGGUUACGCUCUCGGCACUGUAGAUGUGAAGCCUUUCAUCAAGAAGUGCAAGUUGAGCUGGAUUCCCUUCAUGCAGGAGAAAUACCACAAACCAGACUGUGAAAAGGAUCUUUCUGAUGCCGAGAAGAUGAUUCUGAGUUUUCAUGAGGAGGAGGAGGGUCUACCGGACUCUUUCCUGUCCAAUUUCCCAUCUCUCAUCAAGGUGGACAUUCAUGCCAAAGUCACUGACCCCAGUGUGGCCAAAAGCAUGAUGGGAUGUCUGUUAUCUUCUCUUAAGGCCAAUGGUUCCCAUGGUGCUUUCUGUAAAGUUCGUCAGACUGAUAAACGAAUGUUGGAGUUCUACAGCAAGCUGGGAUGUUUUGAAGUGGCCAAAAUGGAUGGCUUUCCCAAAGACGUCAUCAUUAUGGGACGCAGCCUUUGAAGAAACGCACGGCGACAGAGCGAGAUCGAGUCAACACACCUUAAGCGUUUUUGGUACCUUCAUGUUGGAUAAAACUAUGGUUAUUUUUAUACUGCCAUUAAAUUCAGGCUCACCCCAGGAUGUGCUGUGAUUUUUGGAUUUUUGUGUAAAACGAGCACAAGAAUCGCACAGAGAAACCAUGAUCCGCCCUUAAUGGGUGUAGCUGGAUUUGGCAGAUCAAGAGCUGUAACAUCCAAUAAGAGGUCUCUAGUCACUCCCAGGUAGUAACAUCAAGCGUUUCCCCUAGGAUUGUUCUUGUAGGACCCCAAGACUUGCCACUACAUCCAUCCCUCCAUUCAUCAUCCCUCUGAAAAAGGAGAUGACUGUGAACAGCUGCAGCUAUGAGAAAAAGGUGGCUCCUAACUUGGGCUGUUGUACAACCUUCAGCCUGCUGUUUUCAGCCUAUUUUUUUGUAAUUACACAAUAAAGAAGGGAGUUGGACGUCAAACGGGAAAAGAGGUGCUGAAAGAAUGUUUUGUGUUAAUUUUUUUUUUCUACAUGAUACACUGGGAGAUGAAAACCUGAACAUCAAAGAGGGUG